AUGGCCCACUAUCCAAUUGUUUCCUUCUCUUUACACGCAACAAAAAUUGCAAAAACCCUCGAGCUAGUUCUAUCCCGCCGCAGAUUAUUGUCUUCUCAUCAGCCAUCAGAUUGUUAAGUCUCGUGUUCUGUUGAAUCUAGGUUUUACUUCCGUUGAUAUUACUGCAAGAAGAUGACAUCGAAGUUUUGGGGACAGGGACCAAGCGACUCCGAGGAGGAGAGUGAGUUUGAAGAUGAGGUUGAUGAUUUGGAACAGGGUGAACCUACUAACCAAGCCCCUCAAAAUAAAUAUCUAGAAGAAAACGCUAGUGAUAGCGAUGAUUCUGAUGAUCAAAAGCGCGUUGUUCGGUCUGCCAAAGAUAAACGCUUUGAGGAGAUGUCUUCUACUGUUGAUCAGAUGAAGAACGCUAUGAAAAUUAAUGAUUGGGUCAGCUUGCAAGAAAAUUUUGAUAAGAUGAAUAAGCAGCUUGAGAAAGUUAUGCGUGUUACUGAGGCGGUUAAGGUUCCGAUGCUUUAUGUUAAGGCGCUUGUUAUGUUGGAGGAUUUUUUGAAUCAGGCUUUGGCUAAUAAGGAAGCUAAGAAGAAGAUGAGCAGUAGUAAUGCGAAGGCUUUGAAUUCGAUGAAGCAGAAAUUGAAGAAGAAUAAUAAGCAGUAUGAGGAUUUGAUUAAUAAAUAUAGGGAAAAACCUGAGAGUGAGGAGGAACAAGAAGCAGACGAGGAGGAUGAAGAUGAAGAAGAAUCGGAUUUGGAAUUUGUGGAGGACCCUUCGAAGAUUGCUUCUGAUGAUGAUGAAGAUGAAGAUGGAGACCGCGAAGACAAUCAAUCUGAGCUUGAAGGGGAUUGGCAGAAGAUGAUGAGCAAGAAAGAUAAGCUCAUGGACAGACAAUUUAUGAAAGAUCCCAGUGAGAUCACCUGGGAUACUGUAAACAAAAAGUUUAAAGAGGUUGUAGCUGCUCGAGGUAGGAAGGGAACUGGAAGGUUUGAGCAGGUUGAGCAGCUAACUUUUCUUACUAAGGUUGCUAAGACUCCAGCACAAAAGCUGGAGAUUCUUUUCAGUGUGGUCUCUGCUCAGUUUGAUGUUAAUCCGGGGCUCAGUGGGCAUAUGCCUAUAAAUGUAUGGAAGAAGUGUUUGCAGAAUAUGCUUGUUAUUCUUGAUAUUUUGGUCCAGCAUUCUAACAUUGUAGUCGAUGAUAUGGUGGAGCCCGAUGAGAAUGAAAGCCAGAAGGGGGCAGACUAUGAUGGAACUAUUCGGGUUUGGGGAAACUUGGUGGCUUUCCUUGAGAGGAUAGAUACCGAGUUUUUUAAGAGUUUGCAAUGCAUUGAUCCGCAUACCCGUGAAUAUGUUGAGAGGCUGCGGGAUGAACCUCUAUUUAUGAUUCUUGCUCAAAAUGUCCAGGAGUAUCUGGAGCGCGUUGGAGACUUUAAAGCUGCGGCUAAGGUCGCCCUAAGGCGAGUUGAGCUGAUUUACUACAAACCACAAGAGGUUUAUGAUGCUAUGAGGAAAUUGGCUGAACAAGCUGAUGAUGUUGAAAAGUCUGCUGAGGAGCCUAAGGUGGAAGAGACUAGGGGUCCCUCUGCUUUUGUUGUUACUCCUGAGGUUGUACCUCGAAAGCCUACCUUUUCUGAGGAUAGCAGAACAAUGAUGGAUAUGUUAGUAUCUCUCAUAUACAAGUGUGGAGAUGAGCGCACUAAAGCUCGUGCAAUGCUUUGUGAUAUCUACCAUCACGCUCUUCUGGAUGAGUUCUCUACUUCCCGGGACCUGUUGCUGAUGAGUCACCUGCAGGACAGUAUCCAUCAUAUGGACAUUUCAACCCAAAUACUGUUUAACAGAGCUAUGGCUCAGCUUGGGUUGUGUGCAUUCCGUCUUGGGCUAAUCACCGAAGGACAUAGUUGCCUUUCUGAGCUGUAUUCUGGUGGAAGGGUGAGGGAGUUGCUUGCGCAAGGUGUUUCCCAAAGUCGAUAUCAUGAGAAGACUCCAGAACAGGAGAGGCUGGAGAGGAGACGCCAGAUGCCAUAUCAUAUGCACAUAAACCUUGAACUACUAGAAUCUGUGCACCUGAUUUGUGCCAUGCUGAUGGAGGUUCCUAACAUGGCUGCUAAUACCCAUGAUGCUAAGCGCAGAGUAAUUAGCAAGACAUUUAGGCGGUUGCUUGAGGUUAGUGAGAGACAAACUUUCACAGGACCUCCUGAAAAUGUCCGUGAUCAUGUGAUGGCUGCUACUAGGGCUCUUACUAAGGGAGAUUUCCAGAAAUCCUUUGACGUUAUCAACUCUCUUGAUGUUUGGAGGCUUCUAAGGGACCGAGAGACUGUUCUUGAGAUGCUUAAAGACAAAAUUAAGGAAGAAGCUCUCAGGACUUAUCUUUUUACCUUCUCCUCCGCUUACGAGUCACUGAGCUUGGACCAGCUCAGCAAAAUGUUUGACCUCUCAGAAGUCCAGACUCACAGCAUCGUGAGUAAAAUGAUGAUCAAUGAGGAGCUCCACGCAAGCUGGGACCAGCCAACACAAUGUAUCAUCUUCCAUGAUGUCCAGCAUACAAGGUUGCAGGCUCUAGCAUUCCAGCUAACAGAGAAGCUGUCAAUCCUGGCAGAAAGCAAUGAAAGGGCAAUUGAGGCAAGAAUUGGUGGCGGAGGGUUGGAUCUACAUAUGAGGCGUAAAGAUAACCAGGAUUAUGCUUCCGUUGCUGCAGGUGGUAAGUGGCAAGAUAACAUGUCAUACAACCAGGGUAGGCAAGGUUCCGGGCGGUCAGGGUACAAUGCAGGUGGUGGGAGACCACCUUUUGUAGGCCAAGCUGGUGGCGGUGGAUAUUCAAGAGGCACUGGUCAGUCACGAACAGGUGGAUACUCACGUUAUCAAGACGGUUCAUAUGGUGGGUCCGGAAGAAAUGCUAGGGGAUCUCAGAUGGAUGCUUCAAACCGCAUGGUUAAUCUGAAUAGGGGUGUUCGUGCUUAGAGAUACAUAAUCACAUAGUGCUAAAAGAAAGAUAAUCUUAUUGAUUUUCUCCAAGUAGAAGUCUUUUCUGUGGGAAUUUUGUUGGUUCCAGAAAUUUUAUUUGUUGUUUUUAUUUUAUUUAUUAAGAGAAUUUAAAACUUUAAGAGUUGUAAGCUUUAUUUUUGGAUAAUGAGAUCAAUAGUGAUCGGAUUAUUUAGAAGUUGUGUUGACGUUCUGUUUAA